AUGAAACCCACUUCAUCAGUCCCGUCCCCGGCUACCAUAGGCGAGACGGAGCCGGAGAACCUGCAGCGUCAAGGACCAGCGAAUGGUCGAAAACGACCAGCUGCCCGAGGCACUGCGUUCUAUCCACGUAAGCGGGCAAAUGCAGCAUGCCAAGUGUGUCGUGCUCGCAAGACCAAAUGUGACAACCGAAAGCCAAGCUGCUCAUAUUGCCUAAGUGUUGGUGCAGCUUGCAACCAGACACCCGAGGACUUGUCUAGCUUCGACCCUGCGAGCCUGAAGAUCCUCGAGCGGCUAGAUGUGCUUGAGAGAUUGAUGCGACAACAAGGCAUCCAGCCGGCAACCUCGUCGGAGUCAUCGUCUUUGUUGACUCAUCAAAGGCACGGCCCAAGUCGCGUGCCGGCAUCCGCCCCUGGCGAAUCUAGACUUGAGGACCCUCAGAUAAAAGGUCUGUCGAGUAAUGUACCUGUCGUUGCCCACUCCGGUCCGAAUCCAUCUUCUUCGGCAUCCACGGGAAAUAUACCCCUUCUCAGAGCUCUACCCGAAUCACCCGAUCGGCUACUAUGCCUUGAUGUCUUUCAGAAGUAUCGUUUCAAGACCGGCUUCAUUGACAAGGACUCGACUGGGAGCCACUGGACUGAGAGGCGAUUACAACAAAGUAAUCCUCCCGAGAUCAGAGCUCGAGGACAGUUGUUAGAUGCCAAUGUCAAGGAACGCAGGGGCGUGAAUGAGCUAUUGGAUAGCUUUUUUACGUUCGUACACUGCAAGAAUCCAAUCUUGAAAGAAGCCCCAACACGUCGGCUUGUACUGUCCAAGGAUACGCAUGGUGUUGAUGAGUCGGCCCAAUCAUGCCUAGUGUUCCUUGUAUGUGCUUUGGGCCAUCUCGCAACACCAUUUGGCCCAGAUACCGAAAUUCGGGAGGGUCGUGGGCGCUCAACUGCAGCGAUUUAUGCUGAGGCAGAGGUCCUAUUUUACGAGGCGCAGCGUCGCAUGGGGAGUUUGCUCAUAAACAAUCAACCUGAUCACUUGAUUGCUCCCCAAUGCUUGAUACUUUCUGGUCUCUACAUGAUGUGCAUUUUCCGACCAUUCCAGGCUUGGCAAUUUUUUGUACAGGCCCUGGCAGCUUGCCAGCAAUUUGGUUUCUUGCGAAAAAUGUACAACAAUGAAGAGAUGCCAUCUAUUCAGGAACAUGAAAUUGAUAAGCAAAGCUUUGAGUCCGACUCACAAGAGCAAGCUGUAUACUGGACUGCAUGGAAAUCGGAGCGUGAGUUGCGAAAAUGCUUAUGCUUACCAGAUUUUCCAGCUUCUGGAGACACAUCUCGCUUAUAUCCACCACUUUUUCCAACUCCACCUGAGAUCGCCUCGAAUGACGCGGUCGAUCAACGAAGGGAGCGCUCAUCUUGGCUGUUCUACCUAGCCGAGAUCUCUUUGCGUCGACUACUUAGCAAUGUGUGCGAUGAAAUACUAUCUCUGCACCGUACCAAAAAGGAUGAAGCCACUUUCCUGGCUCACCUGGCCACCCUUGUGCCUGAAUACGAGCAGCAGGGCCGUCGCUGGGCUGCUAGCUUACCACCAGAGCUAUCACUAGACGAGCCUGCUGAAAAUGACGAUAUAUGUCGUUUUGUUCUUCGUGGACACUACAUUGACUAUCGUGAAGUCAUCUGUUGGCCUUUUCUAGGCGCUCGACUGAACUACUUCUCUACAUUUCCCUCAAUUUUCUCAUCUCAACCAUCACUAUCACACCGCAUUUCGUCGUCGAAUUCUCAUCCUGGAUCAAUCUCUUCGGAAAAAUCCUCUGCAACCUUCGAUACCCAAUCUCCUGAGAUUGCUCAAUUUUUACCUUCCUCGCCUACCUUUGAACUUGACUCUUCUGCGGCUGUGAUGGAGCUGGCGGCAAAAUGCCUUGAGAUACAAAUACGGCGGGUGCACAUCAAUUAUCCCGGCUUCGGGCAUCGGCAUCAUGGCACCUUCCUAUUGAUCCUGUCUUGCAUGCGAAGUGCACUCGUACUACUAGCUGCUUCUCUUACGGGGCUAGCCAUGCCCUCAGGCUGGCGGAAAAGCGUCACGUUAACCGUUGAACUGCUCUCUCUUUGGGAGACUGAAAUGCCUCAGCUCUCGAACUGGCGAAACUUCAUCGUUCUGGCUCUUUCCGAAAUUCCAGCGGCAAGUAGUGAUCUAUGA